AUGGCAGACAAACCUCUAUUUCCUCUCGCAUCAUUCCAUGCCACUCCUGGAGUCACUCACGUCUGUGCUGCUGGCGAAAGCCUCCCUCUGCAGAGGCAUAAUGCAGCCCUCGCAAAAUACAUCAAGGACAAGGCUGCGGGGCAUACAGGGCGCGCUAAGCAGACUCAAUCCCUAGAGGAUGUUCGAGCUCUGAUCGCUCAAGCAUGGAAAGUCUCAGUUAAAGAAGUGGGAUUCGCCCCGAGCGUUGCUGACGGAAUCUCUAUGGUCCUCGAGUCAUUGGACUGGGACGAUGGAGAUAAUGUGUGCGUCCACGAAGAUGAAUUCCCCAGUCUCGUUGGACCGUUUUCUCUGAGAAGCAAGCAAUACCAGCGAAAUCCAAGACAAGAAAGAAAGGGCCCGGAAAUGCGGUAUUACAAUGCCGGCAAUCUCAGCGACAUGGUGGACGACAAAACACGCCUUAUUGCCGUCAGCUACGUGUCAUAUUUCGAUAGCACUCGGGUUGAUCUCUCGCUUUAUCGCCAGCUUGCUGACUCGGUUGGAGCUAUCCUCAUUGUGGACUUUACCCAGGCAGCUGGAUAUGCGCCUAUUGACGCCUCGAUAGCCGACUUUGCAUUCUCAGCGUGCUAUAAAUGGCUACUCGCCACGACUGGAGUGGCAAUCGCAUACUGGAACCAGACGAGAAGACCGCACUGGAAACCUGUCUCUGGGGGAUGGCAUUCUCUCUCUCUAGGCGCGGUUCGACCACAAUGGGAAACGACUCGACUGGAGAUCCGUAACGAUGCCAUGUGCUUUAGUCGUGGUAAUCCUGCCCAUCUCGCGAUUUAUAUCUUACGGGAGGCUCUGGUGUUUCUCAACCAGUGGGAUGCUGCCGAUAUCGAGAGACACGUUCAGACAUUGACGGCCGCGCUCCUUGAAAGGCUCCAGAGAGAGGGUAUCCCGUCUUCCACGCCAGUUGAUACAGCGCGACACGGGGCCAGCGUGACGGUUGACUGUGCCGGCGCUUCAGAAAUCGUGAAUGAGAUGAGCAAGGCUGGUGUGUACGCGUGGAAUGGCCAGGGGAGAGUACGGUUUAGCUUUCAUGGGUACAACUGCGUCGAAGAUGUCGAUCAGAUUAUGCAGAUAUUUCCUGCUCUUUGGAGAGCGUCUAACAGGUCCAAAUCCAUGAUUUAA